UGGCCGUCAAGUUGAGCGCUGUCCGUGAUUUGGAGGGUGUCACGGGUCUAUUUGAUAUAUCACGCGGCUAUUCGAAACAUAUGACAGGCUCGACGCUGCAGACGGUCGGCCAGCGAACUCGCUCGUUGCUAUCGACAGGUCUUGACAGUAGCAAUGGCGUUUUUCGGACUACGAAGCUGGCCAACGCCUGUUCUGAAGCCAAUGGCGCCCUUCAUCGUCGCCGGCGGUAUUACGCUGUAUGUCAUCGCAGGCCUGCAAACAAGCAUGCUCAAAUCGCCUACAUAUGCGAAUGACCCGAGAAAUCCUUAUGGUGGGCAGACCCCGUCCCUCGACCUGAAUGGGCUGACCCGUGCGAAUCAAUAGCAAAGGGUGUCAAACCAUCUCACUAGAGCUCGGACCGGCAGCGAGGGGAAGCAUGUCCAGCU